AUGAACUCUCUCCCAGAAACUAGUAACCGAUCAUUAUCUAUCUAUCUAUCUAUCUAUCUAUCUAUCUAUCUAUCUAUCUAUGCCUGUCCUUAUCUAUCUAUCUAUCUAUCUAUCUAUCUAUCUAUCUAUCUAUCUAUCUAUCUUAUUCUAAUCUAUCUAUCUAUCUAUCUAUCUAUCUAUCUAUUUCGUGAGCCAUUCAGAUUCUAUCUAUCUAUCUAUCUAUCUAUCUAUCUAUCUAUCUAUCUAUCAAGCAAGCAAUUCUGUUUCUAUCUAUCUAUCUAUUUCGUAAGCCAUUCAGAUUCUAUCUAUCUAUCUAUCUAUCUAUCUAUCUAUCUAUCUAUCUAUCUAUCUAUCUAUCUAUUAAGCCAUUCUGAUUCUAUCUAUCUAUCUAUCUAUCUAUCUAUCUAUCUAUCUAUCUAUCUAUUAAGCCAUUCAAAUUCUAUCUAUCAAGCCAUUCAAAUUCUAUCUAUCUAUCUAUCUAUCUAUCUAUCUAUCUAUCUAUCUAUCUAUCUAUCUAUCUAUCUACCAUAUUGCCUACCUACUAUGCUACCUACCUACCUAGCUAUUUCUGAAAAAAAUAAAAAAUCUUACACAUCUCACUACUUACUUAUCAAAGACACGUACAGUCCCUUUGAAUCUGUAUUAAUUUUUUCAUUAUCUAUCUAUCUAUCUAUCUAUCUAUCUAUCUAUCUAUCUAUCUAUCUAUCAGUAUGUUCAUAUCUAUCUCAGUCUAUUCAUAUCUAUCUGUUUCAGUCUGUUCAUAUCUAUGUAUCUAUCUAUUUCAAUCGAUUCAUAUCUAUUUCAGUCUGUUCAUAUCUAUCUAUCUAUCUAUCUAUCUAUCUAUCUAUCUAUCUAUCUAUCUAUCUAUCUAUCUAUCUGAGACUGUUUAUAUCUAUCUCAGUCUAUUCAUAUCUAUCUAUCUAUCUAUCUAUCUAUCUAUCUAUCUAUCUAUCUAUUUCAGUCUAUUCAUAUCUAUUUCAGUCUGUUCAUUAUCUAUCUAUCUAUCUAUCUAUCUAUCUAUCUAUCUAUCUAUCAGUCUUUUCUUAUACUUCGUGCAUUUAUAUCUGUCAUUAA